GCCAGUAAACUACCCCAUUACGUCAUCAAACUGCGACAGCUUUAGGCGCCUUUCGGGAAGUUGAACAGAAAAGAGUUGUUUGAAUUCUCCUUGCAUCUGUGAAAUAAACAUUCAGUGCGGUCAUCAGAUAGAUCUUCUUCGCUACCUAUGUGCAUCUAGUACGACGAUAUUUUUGCGCUUGUUUCAGGAUGAAAGGCGCAAUCCCCCGUGGUACUUUAAGAUCAAUUUUGAAAAAGCAUCAGCCUACAAUGCGGAGGGAGGCAGAACUGGACGUUUUGGUUCACUUGAAUUGCCUUCUGUUUGUCCGCAGGCUGGUGGAAGAAGCUCAGCUGAAAGCUUUAGAAAAUAAAAGCUCAGUUAUUAAACCAGAACAUAUCAAGGCAGUUGCAAAGACUGCUUUGAAGAAGUCUAAAGGCUGAUGAAAGUGCACUGAUUGUGUAAAAAUAACAUUUUAAUUUUAAUAAACAUUGAAUUAUUACUCUGGCCUACAUUUUUAAAGAAAACUGUUAUUUGUCACCUUAGUAAUUUGCCAGUUUUACAGAAGUUAAACGUGUUCAUUUGGACUUGAUCAAUGUGUGUCUUUUUAUUAACCUCACAUACGAUGUUUCUAUUCUCUAGCAAUGUCAACAAAUUACAUUUUUUAGUAAAUAUAGAAAACUAUGCUUGCGCGACUCUUCUCUGCUUCCAUCACUUUGAGGUCUUUAUGUGCAGUGCUAGCCAUGACUAGCAAUUCACAUAGAAACAUCUGUGAUUCCAAGUACUGGUGAAACUCUUUACUUUUGGUUUCUGAUUUUUGCUGGUGUGGCUGCAGUGAAGCAAAGGUGCCUUUGAAGUCACUCGGGCCUAAGCUGAAAUUUUCUAUAUCCCACUUUUUUACAUGGUGUUUAUAUAACUGUAUAUAACUUUUUGUGAAAUACCAAUAUUUUUUGAAAUAAAUUACUGAAAUGUAAAAUAA